CCUGUACUGUUCCCUCCUGAUCCCAGUACUGUGCCCUCCUGCCUCCCCCAGUAUUGUGCCCUCCUGAUCCCCCUGUACUGUGCCCUCCUGCCUCCCCCAGUAUUGUGCCCUCCUGAUCCAGUACUGUGCCCUCCUGACUCCCCCUGUACUGUGCCCUCCUGGCUCCCCCAGUAUUGUGCCCUCCUGAUCCCAGUACUGUGCCCUCCUGAUCCCAGUACUGUGCCCUCCUGAUCCGAGUAUUGUGCCCUCCUGAUCCCAGUAUUGUUCCCUCCUGACAUGCAAUAUGCUGCACUCCAUUAGUGUGAACCCAUUAGUGUGCAGAUCAUGAGUCCCCCC